AUGGGUCUCUUUGUCUCCAUGGGAGGUUUUCUUUUUGGCUAUGACACUGGUCAGAUCUCUGGCUUCUUGGAAAUGGAGGACUUCCUUAUGCGCUAUGGUCAGCUUGGCGCUGAUGGGGAUUAUCAUUUCAGUAAUGUCCGCUCUGGCUUGAUUGUCGGUCUGUUAUCCAUUGGUACCCUUAUCGGGGCUUUGGUUGCAGCACCUAUUGCUGAUCGCGUGGGGAGGAAGUGGUCUAUCAGUGCAUGGUCUUUCAUGGUCUGCGUUGGGGUCACUAUUCAAAUCUCAUCUCCCUCCGGCAGCUGGGUCCAGGUUGCCAUGGGUCGCUGGGUUGCCGGACUUGGCGUCGGUGCUGUCUCCCUGCUGGUGCCUAUGUACCAGGCUGAAUCGGGACCAAGACAUAUCCGUGGAUCGCUGAUUAGUACCUACCAAUUGUUCAUCACUCUUGGCAUAUUCGUCGCCAACUGUAUUAAUUUUGGGACCGAGAGUCGAGCCGAUACUGGAUCAUGGCGCAUUCCCAUGGGUAUCACAUAUCUCUGGGCUAUUGUUCUUGGGAUUGGCAUGGCAUUCUUCCCGGAGAGUCCUCGCUACGACUACAGACACGGGAAAGUGGACAAAGCCAAGAACACCCUAGCCAAGAUCUAUGGAAUACCUCUCAACCACCGUACCCUUCACAUUGAAUUCGAUGAGAUCAAAGAGAAGUACGAAGAAGAACAACGCAACGGGCAAGCCACUUGGGUUCAAAUGUUCCGUGCUCCAACAAUGUCUUAUCGGGUGGCCGUUGGCGUUGCCUUGCAAGCUCUUCAGCAGUUGACAGGUGCUAAUUACUUCUUCUACUAUGGCACAACUAUCUUCAAAGGAGCAGGAAUUCCCAACAGCUACGUCACGCAGAUGAUUCUGGGUGGUGUCAAUUUUGGAACCACGUUCCUCGGCCUUUACCUAAUCGAACACUUCGGUCGGCGCCGGUCCCUAAUCAUUGGUGCCCUUUGGAUGUUUGUUUGCUUCAUGAUCUUUGCCUCGGUUGGACACUUCUCUCUCGACCAAGAGUUCCCGGAAAGAACCAAGUCAGCUGGUGUGGCCAUGGUGGUCUUCGCUUGUCUUUUCAUUCUCGGGUUCGCUAGUACCUGGGGCCCCAUGGUAUGGACCAUUAUUGCAGAGCUGUACCCCUCUCAAUAUCGUGCACGAGCUAUGUCCCUGGCUACUGCGUCUAACUGGCUUUGGAAUUUCCUCCUGGCAUUCUUCACCCCCUUCAUCACGGGGGCUAUCGACUUCCGCUUCGGAUAUGUCUUUGCAGGAUGUCUCUUCCUUGCAGCAGGACUGGUCUACGUCGCUGUUAUCGAAGGUAAAGACCGCACGUUGGAAGAGAUCGAUACCAUGUAUCUCAUGAAGGUCAAGCCGUGGAAGAGCUCGAAAUUCAGGUUCCCCGCGGAUCCAAAUGUUAUUCGAGGCUCGUUUGACAAGGGCGAGGGUGUUCCUGGGUCAUCUCAUAUUGCUGAUCCAACUACUGAACUGCGGGAGGACGGAUCGACUGUACCUGAAACGCGUGCACAGGCAUGA